GCCUAUCAUAUCAUCUUCAAAGACGUGCUGCGCGCUGGCACCAAAUGUAGUUCAGUAGCGAGUAAUGGAAUUGCUUGGUCUGUACAACAAGUCUUUAGAUCAGGGUCCUUCUUUGUAUGUAUGUGAUUCAAAUGUGGAGAAGUUAUCAUAGUAUUCACUGAACGUUCAACAGCUACACAAAGUAAUUAUCUUUAUAGAUUGGUUUUGUUAGGUAUUUCAUUAUGCUGUUUACAAAAGCGCGCGGGCUUUAUUGACCUACUGUAAUUACUUGCUAAACAAAGCGCAUAGUUGAAGGCCAAUACGUACCGCCUUUGUUUUACUCAAUGCAAGCUCACUCUUCCGUAAAGUUUAUAGCAACAACUUCACGACACCAAGAUUUGAUUAGAUUUGGUCGCGAAGAAGGGGUGAUUUUGGGAGGCUUCAUGGGAAGCCAGAGGGGUUAUUCGGGUGUCACUCCCUUCGAUGUGCUGCUAGGGACGAUUGCGAACAAUCUAGGCCGUAAGGAUGUGCGGAGAAUGAAGAUCCAUCUACAAGGGCAUAUAAACAAAGAGUGUUUGGAUAAACUUAAGAAUGGACAGCAAGUAAUUGAUAUAUUGUGCGAAAGAGGGCUUUUGACAGAGCGGAAAUUGGCGUUUUUCAGAAAAGUUUUGCUAGAAUGUGGUUUGGAGGAGUUAGCUGGGUUUCUUGAGGAGUUCAAACGGGCGGCUCAGUCUUCGGACAACUCGGGGUCUACCGAUGCCUUAAAAGUCAAGAAAAGACUACAGGACUUGACGACGGUCAUAGAAAGACUCAACCAAGAAAUAGCAAAUCAAAAGGCGAUAGGAGACGAGCUAAGAAGCCGCCUAGAAGAAAAACAAGCAUCUCUAGAUAGACAAAAAGAAGUCUGCAUAGAACAACACGAAGCCGUGGAAACCCUGUGUGACCAGGCAGACCGGGAGGAACUGGACCGAGAAACGGCAACCGAGCGAGCCCUGGAGACUGAUGAGGUCAUUAGUAUUCAGGAACGAGAUGUGAGGAGUCUGAAAGAAGCUUUCAAUAAGGCAAAACCUAAGAGGGAUGCCAAAUACAAGCGUGUAAGUGUCUUCAACGUCGUCCUUGACAAACACUCCAAAAAAUCCCUUGAAAUCAUGAAACAGAAAGAGGACAAAGAGGAAACAUUGAAAAAGUCCCGCACAGCGAGCGUGGAGAUAUGGGGAAGCCUGUACGCCAGGAGGGAGACCCUGCGCGAAACCAGGGCGGACAUACUCGACAAGACCACUCAGCUAGUGGAGAUGGACUGGGAACUACUCCAGACGUACGACGAGAUCAAGAACUUGAAACAGAAGAUUCGCAGAAAUGAGAUCGACGAGUUUGAUUUGGCUCACGAGCUGGACGAGGCUAGAGAGGAGUACAAUAGGACUGAGAAGAGAGGACUGGACGAACGGCCUGUGGAGGUACCGGUAUGGAGAAUAUACGUCACCGGCAAGCAACCAAAGGUUAUCGACUAUCAGAACAUCCUGGACACCAACUGCUACUUCAUCGGUUCCUAUGGCAACAAGCCCGACUUCCCACAAUUCCAUUCGCCGCUAGGGAUACACGUGACAAAGAAAGACGUUGUGGUAGUCGGUGACCAUGGCAACAGCCGCGUUCACUUUCUGGAUUUAGCCGGACAACCAAUCAGAGAUCCUAUGACCAUUAAAAACACUCACCCGUCAUCCUUAGCGGUCACGCGGAAUGGGAAUCUGAUUCUCUCCGAUGGCGAAAUUAUAAAAGUCUUCACUUCGGAUGGAAUGCUAUCAAACAACUUCCUCCCGAUUUACAACAAAAACGACAAGCGUCCUUCCAUUUCUGCAUUAGCGCUUGACAUAGACGGCAAUAUACUAGUAGCGGACAUGAGCAACCAUCGCGUACAAAAGUUCAGUGUCGACGGACGGUUCCUAGGAUUCAUAGGCGGGCCCGCGUUUCUUAGCUCGCCCAGCGGUAUCGCCGUCACCAAACAAGGUGACGUCAUAAUCUCCGAGUACGAGAAUCACACGGUGAAGGUGUUUCACCAUCAUGGCCGCUCCUUUAAGACUUUAGGCGGACCAGGAAUCGGGAAGGGACUGUUUAUGUUUCCUAGGGGCAUAGCUGUCGAUAAUGAUGGGAAUCUUUUAAUCGCAGACAGUUUGAACAAUAGAGUACAAGUCAUUACGAUAGAGGGAGAGUUCGUCAGCAGUUUUGGGAGACUGGGCUCUUCUCCCGGAUAUCUCGAUGUCCCGUAUGCAGUUGCUGUCAACCGUAGGGGUCACGUGCUUGUUGCAGAGAAAAGAAAUCACAGGGUGUCCGUGUUUACCUGAUUUCUCUUUUAAUAAAAUGGAGAUAAUGUACACCUAUAUGAA